AAAAAUCUUUCGACCCUGAGGCAAAGAUAACCCCAAUGCAGGAUCUGGUUCGCCAAUGGAAAGCCAAACCACUACAUGGUCGGUAUAGGAGCCGCAUAGAAGACAACGCCAUUGACACGAAGGCUUCCCAAGGAUGGUUGCAGUCAGGUAAUCUGUUCCUGGAGACGGAGGGCUUCAUAGCCUCCAUCCAGGAUCAGAAAUGUCCUAAUACCGAAAUGUGUACUUGUGGUCAACCCAAUCACCCAGGAGAGCCGUGCAAUGAACAUAAGAAAUGUAUCAACUGUGAAGGACAGCAUGCUGCUGAUUCUAGAGAAUGUCCGCGGAUGAAGGAAGAAAUUGUCAUCCAAAGAGUGAGGACGCUAGAAAAAAUUAGUUAUCUGGAGGCAAAAAGGAAAGUAAUUAGCUCAUCUCCCCGGGUGUCAUACGCUCAAGUUACCGCUACCCCAAGUGCUACAGUUAAUAAACUUGUUGAAGAACUCCUUCCUCUGCUUUCAAAGACGAUAGAAACACAGAUUAAACAAACCUUUGAUAAAUUUGUAAAUAGACCAGUACGGACAUUGACACCUUUAAAUCUACCUCCUCCUAACCAAUACCUAUCGGAUACGUCUACUCAACCAUCUCUUUCAGAAAAGAGGAAACGUACUGUUAUCCAAAAGGAUAAUGCGGAUGAUACCGCAGACGAUACUGACGAAAGCUUCUCGUCACAAGCCAGCGGAACAUCCUCACUUGCUAAGAAAAAAAAGGGAUGGCCGAAGGGAAAACCCAGAAAGCCUCCAGAUGAUAAGACGAUUAGUUCCGAUGUAAUUGAUCUCAACUAG